AUGUCGUCUUCCGCAACGAGAAGACCAAUGAGGUUACUACUCAUGGCAUUAGGCAGCGUCGGCGAGGAUGAUGUAACAACUACUUACUGCAACCACCACUUCAGUAGACUGAAGGCCGGUGGAAGUACAACUAAUAUCGGAGAGAAUGCAGACACUGGAGCACAAGGCGAUACAGAAGCGGAAGCAUUCAUGUCGGAGAACUUUUCCGCACUACCUGGCGGCUCUACGAUGUUAGCUGAAGAGUUCAUCCGGGACGCCGAUGCUGUGCUGCUCGUGUACAGUGUUACGAGCCGAACCGCGUUCGAAAGAGUGCGGAAAGAGUACAACGCAAUCGAGCGAGUGCGGAGCGAGAUCGACCCAAGCCGGCGUUUUUGGCAUCAACGCCGAAUACCACCGAUGCCCAUGAUCCUAGCGGGCAAUAUGCCUGGAAUGGGAGAUUUAAGAGCGGUCUCAACGGAGGAGGGAAUCGAACUUGGUGCAGAGCUUGGGGUAAAGUUCGUGGAGAUCAUAGUGACGGACACAUCUCCUGUCGAAAUCCUUUUCUACGAGCUGGUCCAGAACAUACGAGAUUACAGAAUAUUAGCUCAAAUUGGGGACCGACCGUGUUCAACGCCUGAACCUGUUUCAGUCGACAGCUUCCGCACGGCUAUUAGAUCUUGGGUCACAUUAACUAUCAAGAAGUUGAGGGACUCGAUGCAGUCUCGCCGGGACGAACACUAUACCUUGGUGGAAGCCCUCGCAACCGACGAGGUCCAGAUUGCUCGGCGAUUAAUCUUAGACGGCGCGGAGGUAAACACACCUAAUUCUGAAGGGUUUCUUCCGCUGCACUUGGCGGCAGCCCGAGGUCACAAAGACCUCGUGAAGUUGCUGCUCGACAGGGGCGCCCUCAUUGACCGAGUUGCCCCCAUGAGCGGCACGGCGUUGAGCAUUGCGGCGGUACGUGGCAAGACUGAGGUCGUCGAGCUUCUCCUCGAACAUGGUGCUAGUCUUGACGUGCCCACGGACUAUUACGGGACCGUGCUGCAGGCAGUUACCAGAAGAAAUCAUCCUAGCGUCAGACGGCGUUUUGAACUGCCCAGUCAUAGACGAUAG